AAUAGGCGGAGCCACUAGCUGGGCUGGGAUCCGGAAGUCCGGGCGGAGCCUAGCUGCGCGGUCCUCGUCAGGCAGCGUUGUGCUUCUAGCAGCUCUCGGAGGUCCCUGCCGGAAGUGUAGGAAGAAAGUGGCAGAUUUGAAGGCUUCUCUUUGCAAGCUUGUCUGAUCAUCAUGAUGAAGCUUAGACACAAAAACAAAAAACCAGGUAAAGGUUCCAAAGGCUGUAAGAAGCCUGCAAGGCAGAAUGGGAAGAAAGUAACAUCCAGACCAUCAUCUGCUCCCCAGUUGGUUCAUGGCAAUGAUCAUGCCAGUCGGGAGGCUGAGUUAAAGAAGAAAAGGGUUGAGGAGAUGAGGGAGAAGCAGCAGGUGGCCCGGGAGCAAGAGAGACAAAGACACAGGACCAUUGAGAGCUAUUGCCAGGAUGUCCUGAAACGUCAGGAGGAGUUUGAACACAAGGAGGAAGUUUUGCAGGAAUUAAAUAUGUUUCCUCAGUUGGAUGAUGAGGCUACACGGAAGGCCUAUUACAAGGAGUUUCGUAAGGUAGUAGAGUACUCUGAUGUGAUUCUGGAAGUCCUGGAUGCCAGAGACCCAUUGGGCUGCCGCUGUUUCCAGAUGGAGGAGACUGUCCUUCGAGCAGAAGGCAACAAGAAGCUGGUCUUGGUCUUGAAUAAGAUUGACCUGGUUCCCAAGGAGAUUGUGGAAAAAUGGCUGGAGUACCUUCAGAAUGAGCUGCCAACCGUGGCUUUCAAAGCCAGCACCCAGCAUCAGGUCAAAAACUUGACUCGGUGUAAAGUUCCAGUGGACCAGGCUUCUGAGUCGCUGUUGAAAAGCAAAGCCUGUUUUGGAGCUGAAAACCUCAUGAGGGUCCUGGGGAACUAUUGCCGCCUGGGGGAAGUGCGUACCCACAUUCGUGUGGGCGUUGUAGGCCUUCCCAAUGUGGGAAAGAGCAGUCUGAUCAAUAGCCUGAAGCGCAGCCGUGCGUGUAGUGUGGGAGCUGUUCCUGGUGUCACAAAAUUCAUGCAGGAGGUCUACUUAGACAAGUUCAUCAGGCUGCUAGAUGCUCCAGGCAUUGUCCCAGGACCCAAUUCAGAGGUGGGCACUAUCCUGCGUAAUUGCGUCCAUGUGCAGAAGCUGGCAGACCCUGUGACCCCGGUGGAGACCAUCCUUCAGCGCUGCAACCUGGAGGAGAUUUCCAACUACUAUGGUGUCUCUGGAUUCCAGACUACUGAGCACUUUUUGACUGCAGUGGCCCACCGCUUGGGAAAGAAGAAGAAGGGAGGUGUAUAUAGUCAAGAGCAGGCUGCCAAAGCUGUCCUGGCUGACUGGGUGAGUGGGAAGAUCAGCUUCUAUAUCCCACCACCACCUACUCACACUCUGCCCACCCAUCUCAGUGCCGAGAUUGUUAAGGAGAUGACUGAGGUCUUUGAUAUCGAAGAUACUGAGCAGGCCAAUGAAGACACCAUGGAAUGCUUGGCCGUGGGAGAAUCCGAUGAGCUUUUGGGUGACAUGGACCCACAAGAAAUGGAGGUCAAGUGGCUCCAUUCUCCGCUGGUGAAAAUAGCAGAUGCCAUUGAAAAUAAAACCACCGUAUAUAAGAUUGGAAACCUCACUGGGUAUUGUACCAAACCAAACCGUCAACAGAUGGGGUGGCCUAAACGCAAUGUGGACCACCAUUGCCCCCAAAACAAUCGUAUAGUGGAAGUCAGUUCAGUGGACCGCCGCCCGAUGUUGCAGAGGAUCCUGGAGACAGACCCACUUCAACAAGGCCAGGCUCUGGCAUCUGCCUUGAAGAAUAAGAAAAAAUUGCAGAAGCGUUCAGAUAAAAUCGCCAAUAAAUUGUCCGAUUCCAUGAUGUCGAUCCUCGACCUCUCUGGCAACAGCGACGACACUGCUGGAGACUGAGCAGCUGAUCUUCCCCUCAUACUGCAAACACUGUUUGUUUCCUAUGGGAUGGGAGAAUACAGGUGUCCUUCGAUUC